AUGGCUCAGUUUAGGAACUCAUUGGCCUACCACUUGCCUAGUACUGACUUGCAAGAAGUAAAACUAGCCCCACCAGAAUUCGAAUGAAUUCUAACCACCACUUCCAUGUGACUAUCUCAAUAUACACGGAGUAUACCAAACAUUAGGAACACCUUCCUAAUAUUGAGUUGCACCCCCCCUUUUGCUCUCAGAACAGCCUCAAUUCGUUGGGGCAUGGACUCUACAAGGUGUCGUAAGUGUUCCACAGGGAUGCUUUCCUAUGUUGACUGCAAUGCAGUUCUCAAAGUUGUUCUCAAAGUUGGCUGGAUGUCCUUUGGGUGGUGGACCAUUCUUGAUACACAAGGGAAACUGUUGAGCGUGAAAAACCCAGCAGCGUUGCAGUUCUUGACAGUCAAACCGGUGUACCUGGUACCUACUACCAUACCCCGUUCAAAGGCACUUAAAUAUUUUGUCUUGCCCAUUCACCCUCUGAAUGGCACACACACAAUCCGUCUCAAGGCUUAAAAAUCCUUCUUUAACCUGUCUCCUCCCCUUCAUCUACACUGAUUGAAGUGGAUUUAACAAGUGACAUCAAUAAGCGAUCAUAACUUUCACCUGGUCAGUCUAUGUCAUGGAAAGAGCAGGUGUUGCUAAUGUUUUCUAUACUCAGUGUACAUUUGAUGAGGUAGAUGUCUUGGAAGCAUGAUACAUUUCUCAGGUGAGAUGGGGCUGCAUAGUUAGUAGAGGAUAACAGAUUUGUCACGUUAUUGCUUAGGGUGCAUUAUGGGUAACUAAUAAUUUACAAUGUUGAAAUAAAUGUGUCUCCAACCCCUAUAUCACACACUCACAAACUGAAAAUGUGUAUAUUGUACAAUCAAUUGGGAAGAUAGAGGGAGCCAAAAAUAUCACAUUCAUUUAUACAUAACCACUGUAUACAUGAAUUGUGGGCAAAGUUUGUUUCAGUCAGUCUUUGGUCACGUUCAUGACCUUUGAUCACAUACUUUUUGUUAAAUUCAUGCUGUCGAUAAUAUAUGUUAAAGUCUGACCAUUUUUAUCCCCAUAAUGCAAGAUGCUUUGAAAGGCAGUGACCAACAAUGGUCACCGAAUUGACAAAAGUGAUCUGCUCGAACGCUCCCAAUAUCUCUCUCUUCACAGUCAUGUCGUUCCGAAGAGGCGUGGUCAGACAGAGCAAGUUCAGGCACGUCUUCGCCCAGGCUUGGAAGGCAGAGCACUGCAUCGAUGACGUCCGAGUGUCCCGUGUCACAUGGGACGGGCCCCUCUGCGCUGUGAACCCCAAAUUCACCGCAGUCGUCAUCGAAUCAGGCGGAGGAGGGGCCUUCCUAGUUAUGCCACUCAACAAGGUUUGUGCUAGCCCCGUUAAGCAUCCACCCAGUGGUGCCUGGAGAAGUGGGUACACUCAAAUUGUUCCCCAAAUUUUCCAAACGGCCCACCCGGCGAAAGGAAAGGUGCCCUGUGAAAAUUAUAUGAGAAACAGUCGCAUACACUCUGAAUGACCUAAAAUGAUCAAUCCCAUAGUCAGCUUUAAGAUUUUUAUUGCUCUCAAAGUCCAUAACAAACCCACAUCAGGAGACCACUUUUGAUGUCUGGGAAAAAUCUAAGAAAUGUAGAUUUUUGGUUGUAGUUACCCUUUAAUUCAAGUGCACAGGCACCUAGCACUGUUGCUUGUUUAGUAGUGUUUCUGUAGCUCAUGAGAUGGAGUUUCCUCAUGUGUUCUCCUGUUCUAUUGGUUUUCUUUCAACUUUCUUUCGUGGUGUAGCAGCCAAAGGCAUUAUCCUGGUCAUAUUAGCAACCCAUGAUAGUUGUUGCAUCUUUAGAUCUCCCCUCUUUCUACAUUUCGAACGGAUAUUUCCAUCUUUGUCCAUGAAACCGCUCGCAUGUGCAGUGUGCAUUUUAGAAUGCUAUUUUCCCGCACAUUACAUUUUGGAACAUUCACGUGUAGGCCUGCUGCCUUGUGCACAUUGCUGCGCCUAAAGUGUGAAGAAAUAAUAGUUUAUCAACAUUUUAAGCUAAACAUUCUGAUUUGUUCCAUCAGCCCUACUAAUUGAUACAGUGUAUACCUCUACUACACUACUUUGAUACGCAUUGUGGGGAUUAAGAAGUGAGUAUAUGCAAUGCCCACUGAAAAAUAAGUGGGUAUAUGGUAUAUACCUGCGUAUACCCUCCACUACUCCACGGCAUCAAACCUCUCUCAGAUGGAAGAUAAGGAUCAAUACCCUAAAAGUGCCCACCUAUCUUGAUAUCUUAUUCCUGCAAUUGUAUCACAAAUGUAACUGAUUAAAGGCCUAUUAUUAUAAUAAACUAUUUGCAUUGUGAAAAGUAAUGUACAAUUGCAUAUAACACCAUUGAUACUCCCAACUGUAAUUUUUUUCUAAUAAAGGACCACCAUUUGAAAACCACUGACCUAGGGUUUUGUACUAAUCAGAUGAUGAUGAUAACCAUGCCCACCUGCUUCUUUCCCACAGAGUGGCAGAAUUGACCAGGCCACACCCACAGUGUGUGGACACGCAGCUCCAGUGCUGGAUGUCCAGUGGUGUCCCCAUGACGACAACGUCAUCGCCAGUGCCUCAGAGGACUGCACUGUAAAGGUAGGUGGUGAUGUGAAGGUAGCUGCCCUCUAAAAAGGAAACAUAAGCAGUUAUAGGGUUGCAAAGGGAGGGUAUAUUACUGGAAACUUUCAAAGUUUAGCAGUAAACUACCAGAAUUUAUGGUAACUUUAAAGUGUUUUGGGGAAUUGUAUCAGAUGACAUCUAGUGGCCUUUUUGGAUACUUCAGAUUAUCUCAGGCGUCUGUAAUUAUCUCUGUCCCUCUGUGUGGCCUUAUCACGUAAAAUAUACAAAAUAAUCAACAAGAUCAAAAAUAGAAUGACAAAGCUGUAGAACAUUAUCCUAAACAUAUUAAAUACCAUUAGUAUCCUUUAUAUAUUUGUUUACAUACUUUUAUUUAUUUUACUAUGUCAAUAUGUCUUCGUUGUAAAUUUUUUGGUGCCAAACUAGUGGCAGUUGUAAAAAAAAAAAAAAAAAAGUCUUUGAAAAUAAUGCCAUUGUUGAUUAGGUUUUAUUUUUUUCAUUAAUUAGGCUAUUUUAUUUUGAAACAUAUGGUCUAUCCACUAGAAAUCCAUGGACAAUAUGGACAUAUAUACACUGCUCAAAAAAAUAAAGGGAACACUAAAAUAACACAUCCUAGAUCUGAAUGAAUGAAAUAAUCUUAUUAAAUACUUUUUUCUUUACAUAGUUGAAUGUGCUGACAACAAAAUCACACAACAAUUAUCAAUGGAAAUCAAAUUUAUCAACCCAUGGAGGUCUGGAUUUGGAGUCACCCUCAAAAUUAAAGUGGAAAACCACACUACAGGCUGAUCCAACUUUGAUGUAAUGUCCUUAAAACAAGUCAAAAUGAGGCUCAGUAGUGUGUGUGGCCUCCACGUGCCUGUAUGACCUCCCUACAACGCCUGGGCAUGCUCCUGAUGAGGUGGCGGAUGGUCUCCUGAGGGAUCUCCUCCCAGACCUGGACUAAAGCAUCCGCCAACUCCUGGACAGUCUGUGGUGCAACGUGGCGUUGGUGGAUGGAGCAAGACAUGAUGUCCCAGAUGUGCUCAAUUGGAUUCAGGUCUGGGGAACGGGCGGGCCAGUCCAUAGCAUCAAUGCCUUCCUCUUGCAGGAACUGCUGACACACUCCAGCCACAUGAGGUCUAGCAUUGUCUUGCAUUAGGAGGAACCCAGGGCCAACCGCAACAGCAUAUGUUCUCACAAGGGGUCUGAGGAUCUCAUCUCGGUACCUAAUGGCAGUCAGGCUACCUCUGGCAAGCACAUGGAGGGCUGUGCGGCCCCCCAAAGAAAUGCCACCACACACCAUGACUGACCCACCGCCAAACCGGUCAUGCUGGAGGAUGUUGCAGGCAGCAGAACGUUCUCCACGGCGUCUCCAGACUCUGUCACGUCUGUCACAUGUGCUCAGUGUGAACCUGCUUUCAUCUGUGAAGAGCACAGGGCGCCAGUGGCGAAUUUGCCAAUCUUGGUGUUCUCUGGCAAAUGCCAAACGUCCUGCACGGUGUUGGGCUGUAAGCACAACCCCCACCUGUGGACGUCGGGCCCUCAUACCACCCUCAUGGAGUCUGUUUCUGACCGUUUGAGCAGACACAUGCACAUUUGUGGCCUGCUGGAGGUCAUUUUGCAGGGCUCUGGCAGUGCUCCUCCUGCUCCUCCUUGCACAAAGGCGGAGGUAGCAGUCCUGCUGCUGGGUUGUUGCCCUCCUAUGGCCUCCUCCACGUCUCCUGAUGUACUGGCCUGUCUCCUGGUAGCGCCUCCAUGCUCUGGACACUACGCUGACAGACACAGCAAACCUUCUUGCCACAGCUCGCAUUGAUGUGCCAUCCUGGAUGAGCUGCACUACCUGAGCCACUUGUGUGGGUUGUAGACUCCGUCUCAUGCUACCACUAGAGUGAAAGCACCGCCAGCAUUCAAAAGUGACCAAAACAUCAGCCAGGAAGCAUAGGAACUGAGAAGUGGUCUGUGGUCACCACCUGCAAAACCAGUCCUUUAUUGGGGGUGUCUUGCUAAUUGCCUAUAAUUUCCACCUAUUGUCUAUUCCAUUUGCACAACAGCAUGUGACAUUUUUUGUCAAUCAGUGUUGCUUCCUAAGUGGACAGUUUGAUUUCACAGAAGUGUCAUUGACUUGGAGUUACAUUGUGUUGUUUAAGUGUUCCCUUUAUUUUUUUGAGCAGUGUACUAUAUAUGAAAACAUUAAAAAAAAAAGUUAUUAUUAGUAUAAAUGACUAAAGUUACCAUAGAUGACCUGUUAAUUACCUAAAUUAAUGAAGAUUCCGGUAACUGCUAAAUUACCAGUAGCUUUGCAACCCUAAGCGGCUCACUAUUAUUUAUGAUCAAAGGUUCAACCCUUGUCCAGACCUUUGCGUUGAUUGAGGCAUAAAGCUGAAUGAAUAGUCAUAAGUGUUUAAAAAGGGGAAAUAACAGAUGCGCUAUUAUAUGAUACUAUUAUGAUGGCCUUAUGAUAAAUACACUACUAUCAAGAGGGUAUAUCUGUGUUGAAAAUGCUGCAGAUCAGCAGAUGCAUGCUGACGGGAGGGAGGGUCAUCUGUAUGAUCUACCCCUGUAACAAAGUGUUGUUAUUGGCUGUGUUGUCUAUUAAAGGUGUGGCAGAUCCCUGAUGGAGGGCUGACUGGACCAAUGACAGAGCCCGUGGUGACACUGGAGGGCCACAGUAAACGGGUGGGAAUCCUAGCCUGGCACCCGACAGCUUUCAAUGUCCUCCUAACUGCAGGUAACUUAAUCUAUCUGCACCUCAUUGUCGUACGUCAGAGCGUUGUUGGCAACGCAUGGCAGAGGACAAUGUCUGCACCUUAAACAGUGUAUGUCUGCCUGCCAGUUUGGACUAUCCAGGCCACUAUUCACAGGCAAUGCCUCCUAUGUCAAUGAAUGUGUGUGGUUUAAGCUGCAAGGAAAGGUAGACUAGACAUAUUGAUAGUAUUGUGACACACUUUGGUCACCACCAGUCAUGAUAAUGUGAGACUGCUUAUGCAAGGACUUUUAUUUUGAUGUGUAAUAGCUCCGUAGUCUGAGAAAGAGGACAUUCGUUUUUUUGGGGGGAGGUGUUGCAUGUAGUCACAACUGUAAAUAGACAUGCUGAUAGUAUUGGGACAUAGCUUGGCAACGAGUCAGGUUAGCAUGUAGUACUAGUCACUCAUGUGUUGAACAUUGGACCUCCAGAGAAAGCUAGUAUGUAGUAGUCAGUAAACAGUGAGAGUUGAAGGACAGUUUUAAACAUACUGGAGAGGUGUUCCAUGACAGACCGUGUUUUCCUGCCUUGCAAUUAACAGCAUGUGCUGCACGUUUAAAGGAGAAUGUGGUUAACGUUAACGUGAAACUGAGUAUCCUUCAAGAGGGCAUCAGAAGGUUUCAACAUUUCAAAGAAAUUGAUUUGUCUAUGUACAGUUGAAGUCGGAAGUUUACAUACACCUUAGCCAAAUAAAUUUAAACUCAGUUUUUCACAAUUCCUGACAUUUAAUCCUAGUAAAAAUUCCCUGUCUUAGGUCAGUUAGGAUCACCACUUUAAUAUGUCAGAAUAAUAGUAGAGAGAAUGAUUUAUUUCAGCUUUUAUUUCUUUAAUCACAUUCCCAGUGGGUCAGAAGUUUACAUACACUCAAUUAGUAUUUGGUAGCAUUGCCUUUAAAUUGUUUAACUUGGGUCAAAUGUUUUGGGUAGCCUUCCACAAGCUUCCCACAAUAAGUUGGGAGAAUUUUGGCCCAUUCCUCCUGACAGAGCUGGUGUAACUGAGUCAGGUUUGUAGGUCUCCUUGCUCGCACACGCUUUUUCAGUUCUGCCCACAAAUUUUCUAUAGGAUUGAGGUCAGGGCUUUCUGAAGGCCACUCCAAUACCUUGACUUUGUUGUCCUUAAGCCAUUUUGCCACAACUUUGGAAGUAUGCUUGGGGUCAUUGUCCAUUUGGAAGACCCAUUUGCAUCAAAGCUUUAACUUCCUGACUGAUAUCUUGAGAUGUUGCUUCAAUAUAUCCACAUAAUUUUCCUUCCUCAUGAUGCCAUCUAUUUUGUGAAGUGUACUAGUCCCUCCUGCAGCAAAGCACCCCCACAGCAUGAUGCUGCCACCCCCGUGCUUCACGGUUGGGAUGGUGUUCUUCGGCUUGCAAGCAACCCCCUUUUUCCUCCAAACAUAACGAUGGUCAUUAUGGUCAAACAGUUCUAUUUUUGUUUCAUCAGACCAGAGGACAUUUCUCAAAAAAAUACGAUCUUUGUCCCCAUGUGCAGUUGCAAACCGUGGUCUGGCUUUUUUAUGGCGGUUUUGGAGCAGUGGCUUCUUCCUUGCUGAGCGGCCUUUCAGGUUAUGUCGAUAUAGGACUCGUUUUACUGUGGAUAUAGAUACUUUUGUACCUGUUUCCUCCAGCAUCUUCACAAGUUCCUUUGCUGCUGUUCUGGGAUUGAUUUGCACUUUUCGCACCAAAGUACAUUCAUCUCUUGGAGACAGAACGCGUCUCCUUCCUGAGAUCUUUUUUCUGAGUUCUUGGCUGAUUUCUUUUGAUUUUCCCAUGAUAUCAAGCAAAGAGGCACUGAGUUUGAAGGUAGGCCUUGAAAUACAUCCACAGGUACACCUCCAAUUGACUCAAAUGAUGUCAAUUAGCCUAUCAGAAGCUUCUAAAGCCAUGACAUCAUUUUCUGUAAUUUUCCAAGCUGUUUAAAGGCACAGUCAACUAAGUGUAUGUAAACUUCUGACCCACUGGAAUUGUGACACAGUUAAUUAUAAGUGAAAUAAUCUGUCUGUAAACAAUUGUUGGAAAAAUUACAUAUGUCAUGCACAAAGUAGAUGUCCUAACCGACUUGCCAAAACUAUAGUUUGUUAACAAGAAAUGUGUGGAGUGGUUGAAAAACAAGUUUUAAUGACUCCAAUCUAAGUGUAUGUAAACUUCCGACUUCAACUGUAUGUGUCUGUGUUACUUAGAAUGGUAUGUCUAUACGUUUCGUCUGUGCCAGUAGUUGUAUGUUUGUCUGCAUUUUUAUAUGUUACGUCUCUGUGUAUCCUUUUGAUUAUUUGAAUGUUUUGCAUAUACAUAUUUAUUUUGGUCCAUACAACGAUGUUGCGUUUUUAAUAUCUGUGAACUCUUAAAAAUCAAAUCAAAAGUAAAGGACAACUCCUGCACACAUGAUUUGACCACUUCACAUUUAUUGAGAUCGACGUUUUGGUAAAAUAAGCUCGGUAGCGUGCGUGUUAACCCUCUUCUGUGAACUUAGUUUUGUCUGUGCUUUCCCAGAUUCUGUGUUUACGACUGUUUUUGACUGAUGCAACUCUCUCUCGCUCUCAGGCUGUGACAACCUGGUGUGCGUGUGGGACGUGGGCACGGGGGAGCUGGUGUACCAGAUAGCCGAUGCCCACCCAGACCUGAUCUACAGCGUGAGCUGGAACCGGGAGGGCAGUGCCAUCUGCACCGUGUGCAAGGACAAGGCGCUGCGUGUCAUCGACCCGCGACGGGGGACCGUCCUCAAGGUACAUCUUGUCUAUCCCAUGUAUGACACGCAUGCAAAUAAAUUGAAAUAAGUAAAAUGAAUAGUACCAAAUACCAUAAAACGUCCCUUAUUAUCCUUCAAGGAGAAAUUGAAGAACACACAGCAGACCAAAGCAAAUAAGCACCACCUUGUUCACAUAAUGUCCUUCCUAUGAAAGAAAGCGACCUUUGCCUUGCUAAAUUGGAUGCAGCUAAUCAGCACUUGUAAAUACAGCAUAUUUGAUAUGUCUACAUGAACUACAGUCUACUGGCUGUACAUAGAAUGACUUAUUGACAUUGACUCUACCUUCCCUUAUAACACCUGUGAUGUUGCUGUGUGUGUCUCAGGUGAAAGAGAAGGUCCAUGACGGCACCCGGCCCAUGAGGGCCGUGUUCCUCUCCGACGGGAAGAUCCUGACCACAGGAUUCAGCCGCAUGAGCGAGAGGCAGCUGGCCUUGUGGGAUACGGUAUGGCGGAUAGAUGGAUACAUUUCAUAAACAGGACUUUGCAGAGUCCUAUGGGAGUGUAUGGGACAUUGACGCCUCAGAACCUAUGCUCUGACUGUGUGGUAGAGGAGAGUGUUGAGCUCAGGGAUCAUGACAAUACAGGUCAGGUCAACCCUGUUUAUUUUCCCUUGACGCAGCACUGAGGGGUUCGCUACACACACUGACCAGAUGUUCUAAUGAUUGUAUCUGUGUGUUGCAGAGGGAUAUGUCUGAGCCAAUGGCAGUGCAGGAGAUGGACACCAGUAAUGGGGUUCUCCUCCCUUACUAUGACCCUGACACCAACAUGGUCUACCUGUGUGGAAAGGUACAGUGAACCCAUUUCCGACAACAUUUUCAAGAACAAAUUCAGCUGGCGGCAUAUGAUCAGAUCUCCCCCACCGGAUGUUUGGUUUAGCCCCGUUUAUCUGUUGAUCACUCUCAGGGGGACUGCACCAUCCGGUACUUUGAGGUGACGGACGAAUCGCCCUAUGUCCACUUCCUCAGCCUGUACAGCAGUAAAGAGCCCCAGCGAGGAGCAGGCUUUCUCAGCAAGAGGGGCGUGGAUGUCAACAAGUGUGAGAUUGCCAGGUGAAUUACUUGAAUUGUUUCUCAGUGUAUUUGCUCUCUUUGUCACCCCUCCUUUCCCCCUCAUACGUUCCCUCUUUCAUGCCCUCCCACUGUAAAUCAUCUCUCUUGUCUUUCUCUCUUUCUCUCUCUCUUUCUCUCUCUCUCUCUCUCUCUCAUUGCAGGUUCUACAAACUGCACGAAAGGAAAGUAGAGCCCAUUUCUAUGACAGUACCACGGAAGGUAAGCUGCCUUGCACACAAUUUGAAACGAGGCCUUCCUCAUUUAUGACUAUGUUCAAAUGGCCAUACUAGCACACCACUUACUAGCAUGCCCAAAACAUUGCUUUACACUAAGUGGCAUGCUAAUGUGGAUAUUGGAACCAGUCGCGCUUGACCAAGUUUGUCUCAAAACGAUCUCCCUGUGACCCCCCUCCCUCUCUUGUCCCCUCAGUCAGACCUGUUCCAGGGGGACCUGUACCCGGACACGGCCAGCGUGGAGCCCUCCCUUCUGGCUGAGGACUGGAUUGCCGGGCAGGACGCCCCGCCCCUGCUGGUCUCUCUGAGCGGGGGCUACGUGGGUGCCCCCUCCAAGAACAGGGACACCCUCCGGAACAAGCCUAAGCUGUCGCCGCAGGGCUCCGGGACGGACUCUCCCCCAGUCCCCUGGCAGGCCGCAAUGCCCACCGCAACAACCAGGGAGCCGGAAAGCGAGGGGGUGGGGGUGGUGCAGCAGAGGGUCACUCAAGGAGAAGGAGCACCCGAUAGGGUGAAAAGAGAGGUGAGAAUGGAGUUUGGGUAAAAGAGGGUAUAGCAGUAGGCAUAGCAGGGGUGUAUUCACUAGUGCAAAACGUUUUGUAACAGAAAACGUUUUGCGACAAGAACGAGAGUUUCUUAUUGGUCAAGUUCAGGUUGUCCCUCCGUGUUUUGGUCUGUUUUCUUCAGUUUUGGUACGAAUAAGAGGUUAGAGAAGUAGGUAUGAGUACGGACAUAGAAGUGCCAGAAAAGUGUUGAGUAGACUUAUGUAGUGCCUUGUGGAUUUAGGAUGUUAACAUGUAUGUGACUACAUUCUCCCUCUUAACCUCCGUCUCGCCCCAUCCAUCCAUCCAUCCAUCCUUCCCCCCCGCUCCAGGAGGAGGUGCUGAGCGAGGUGCUAGCGGAGGUGAAGGCCCUGCGUUCAGUGGUCUUGGCCCAGGGCCAAAGGAUCGAGAUGCUGGAGAGGCAGCUGGUCCGCAUUGAGGACGGGGACGUCUGAUUGGCCGAGGGGCGUCACCACUACACCCAAAGGGCGUUCUUACUAAAACUCCAUAGACCAUAGCCUUACUAGAAUCAACAACAGUACCUUAAGCUGUGUGGGAGUGGGAGGAUGUAGUGAAGUGUAGCUCAGUUACUAAACUGUGUGAAUCACAGAGGGGUCGAGAAUAUGGUGAACUAUUAUAGUGAAGGUGUACAGAGACCAAUUGGAUUCUGUGGGUGAAUCUCAAUUGUAUUUCCUUGUUUCCUCGUGUCCUCUCUCCUCCUCAAAACGCAUUGGAAGGAGGCAUUGGAGGAGAAUGUCAGAGGUUCCUACCCUCGGACCUUCUCCUCCAAUGCGUUUUGAGAAGGGAGCGAGGAGGACACAAGGAAAUACAAUUGAGAUGCACCCUACAACUCUUUAGAUGCUGCUUCAGUUGGAUAGUGGGUGAUAUAGGAUGAAGGGGGAUAAUCUCCAUAGGACUUCCAUACUGCAGUAAGAUAUGUUACCGGUUUUUAUUGAGGAGCAUUGAUGGUGACACUAGUUGAAGGUGUAUACAUUUAAGUAUCCAAUUAUGUGUAUCACUACAAAACUUAAGACAUGAGGAUUCAAUUGUAGCCUACUCACGAAUCCUUAUGCCAUACAGUAUGACAACUGGCACAAAGGUCUAUGUUAAUUUGGCACAUUUACAAAAUGGCACAUCUGUAUACAUUAUUUUGUUUUAUAUGAAUACACCCUCAAUAAGUGAUAUCAAGUAGAUAGGCAGAUUUACAGUUCCUGCGCUCAUUUAAGCACUCAGUGUGAAUCCAUUAGGGAUUGUUUAAUCGGGUAGUUAGAGCUGCUAAUCGUGAUGCAUAUCAAACGUCAUACAACAUUUUAUUAUUCAUACUUAUACAUUUGUACAUGUAUGCAUCUAUACAUUAUUUCCAUUCCGUCAUAGGAAUCUAUUAACCUAGAUUAGCUGAAGAGAUGAAGUCAGACCAUUGGUAUUAUCAAUAUAAUCCUGUAUGCUAAAAUCGCUAUACUGUUUACAAAACUGCACUGGUUAAUUGCGAUUGGAUAAGUUGUAUUAAACUGUGCUGGAUGGCGACUAUAUUGACAUAUAAAGAAAAAACAUUGGUCAAUAUCCAAAUAAUGUUGAUUUUGAUAUGAAGUGCUUUUUCUUACAAAUUAUGUGAAGGACUUGAGUUGGAGGUAGCUUAAAUGAUUGCUAUCAUGUAUGUUAGUCUCUUGUGUGAUUUGUUUUUGUUUUUUUCGAAGAGAAGGUAACACUACAUUUGUGCUCCCCAACUUAAGUUGUCUUGGGUGAAUGAUCCCCCUUUGGUGAAGCCAAAAGCAGACGGACGAGCAACAUGCAGUAUAAUUUUUCACAAGGUGUUAUAAGCUUAUAACAGAGAGUUCAAGUAAAGUGUUACCUAAGAAAAUGUGUUCUGAGUAGAACGUACUUAACGUCACACCAUUUAAAUCAUAGCAGUUCUAUGAGUGUCAUGAGGCACAGAACUAAAAAAUAGUUGUAUUUAUUGUUUGAAUGAUGUAAUCCAAGUCAGUAGAACGAAAUAGAAUUGUCUUAGACCAGUGGUAUUCAAUUUUGUUCAGCGGGGAUCCCAUUUUUUCCACAAUAAUUUCUCACAACCCCACCCCAAAACCAAUGACAACCUUAAAAUCUGUACAUUAUGAUUUUUACAUCCACAACCAUCCACAAUACAUUUACUCAAUAAAAUUGUAUUUUCAAGUUAUCGUUCUCAAAAACAUUUGUAAAUUGUCCCAUACAAUAAUCUGUAAUCUUACCCCCAAAAAUGUGGCGACCCCACUGCAGUUCGACACAGACUUUGAAUACCCCACUGUCUUAGACCAAUAUAGCACCAGCUGUUGUAUUUGAAGAUAGGAAAGAAAGGGCAUAAAAUGCUCCGCUGUUAGAUGGAACAGAAAAAUAAUUCACUGUGUUACAUUUUGAUUUUUUUGCAUUUAUAAGCAGUUUAUACUUCACCCUUUUGCAGCCUCUGGUACAGUUCACAUCUAGCCUGAUCCCAGAUCUGCUUUAGGCUGUAUUGUCGACAGUGACCACAGGAGUAGGCGAGACGGCACAAACAGGUCUGGCACCAGGCUAGUUCACAUCAGGCUCUUCACAUGAUUAAUUGAUUUACUUGAUUAAUAUUUAUUUAUGCACUGUCAUACUACACACCAUGUUUUGUGUGUGGUUGUGAACCAAUAGGGGAUGAAAAUGACACUCCACUGUGUGAAUAUUCCAAUAAACAGUCCUCCUUCUUU